AUGCUGCAGACCUUCAGGGUGGAUAAAGGGUGGGACACUCUCUGGCACGUCCGCGGCGACAAGUCUAUAUCCUUCUCGCCUGACGGUGCGAUAGUGGCGUCCGCAUCUAAGGAUGGGGCAGUCCGGCUCUGUGAUGUGGUGACCGGAGCUAUCUUGCGGACACUCGAGGGACACAUAAGCUCGGUUAAGUCCGUGAUCUUUUCACCAGAUGGUAAGAUGGUAGUAUCCGCAUCGGGAGACGGGACAGCCCGGCUCUGGGACGCGAAGACUGGCAACACCCUGCAGAUACUCCGGGGGCAUACAGAAUGUGUCAAGUUGGCCGCCUUCUCUCCCUCCAGCAGAGUGGUGGCAACCGCAUCGGACAGGAUGAUCCGGCUCUGGGAUACGGCGACAGGUACUGCACUACAGACGAUCAAAGGGAGGGGAGAACUCUUAUUCGAUUUGUUAUUCUCACCCGACGGCAAGUUCAUAGUUUCCGCGACCUCGGACGAAUAUGGUGAAGAUGUGACUGUCCAGCUCUGGGACCAAGCAACGGGUGCACCCCUAAAGAAACUUGAGGGCCUGGCAGUACCCGUCGUGUUUAUGGCCUUUUGCCCGAACGGCGAGGUGCUGGCGACCGCAUCGACGGACGGGAUAGUUCGCCUCUGGGAUGUGACAACCGGCGCCAUCCUCCAGAGGCUCAAAGGAUUCCCGUCUAUGUCGUUCUCUCCUGACGGUAAGGUCGUGGCGACCGCAUCGGGCAAGAACGUCAGGCUCUGGGAUGUAGCAACGGGAGCUUCCCGGCAGAAGCUCAAGGGGCAUUCAAGGACGGUGGAGUCUGUAGCGUUCUCACCCACCGGGGAGAUGGUGGCAUCCGCAUCGCGCGAUAAGAUGGUCCGUCUCUGGGAUGUCGCAACGGUUCACAUAUCUUAA